AUGUCAGGACCAUUUUCAUCCAUUGUUAACUUCACUGUCGAACAAUUUAUACAGCGUGUAAAAAAGUUAUCGUAUCUCCAUUCAAUUAUAUACCGAAACAACAAUGAUCAUACUACCAGAUCUGAUGCUAAUUUUCUCUUUCCAAGCCAUCACAAACAUUCUAAAAUUGUCCCCACUGGACAAAAUACAUCUUCAGACAUGCCGCUGAAAAUUGAAAUGAUAGAAGCAUCUAUUUUGCAAGCCUAUUCGGAUGCUCCCCGCGUUAUGUGCGAGGUAAAUAUCUAUCAUCGUAAUGACAUUCCAAGUUUGGAUGAAUUGUCUCGAAUAACCCGUCUUCAACUGCAAAAAUUACAAAUAGUUGACUAUUCCAUCCCGUCUGAAAAUGAAACAGAUUUGUCAUCAGAUUCAGGUGAUGGUAUUGAGGACGAAGAAGAAAAUACAUUUGAAGAUGAAUCAGACGAUGAUGAUUCAAUUCGAGAUGAUGAAGAUUUAUCGAAUAACGUUUUGAAUGUCAGUGGGAUGACAUAUCAAGGAAUGCGAGUUUUUGAUUCUAUCAACCCCAACUUGGCAAAGUCAUCUUUUGUUCUCAAUAUCAACGGCACGAAAAAGUAUCUGCACAAACAAGCAGCCGUAUGGCUACUUUCAAAUGAUAAGCCGACUUUGUCAUCGGAUCGUUUGAAACGUGUUAUGACUAAUAAACAGAGUUAA